GACAGGUUUAAUCCAAACCCAGCUGUCUAGGUGUGUGGAGCACGAGCUCAGAAAAGAACUAUCAUGGUGAAACUCAUUAAUUCUAUGGCGGAGUUUGACAACGAGCUGGCCACGGCAGGAGGCAAGCUGGUGGUGGUGGACUUCACAGCUACGUGGUGUGGUCCCUGCAAAAUGAUUGCUCCAGUUUUUGAAGAACUGUCAAUACGCUACAAAGGCCAAGUGAUUUUCCUUAAGGUGGAUGUGGAUGAGGUUGCUGAUCUGUGCCAGCAAUGUGGCAUUCGAAGCAUGCCCACGUUCCAAUUCUACAAGAACGGAAAGAAGUCUCCACCUGAGCAGCACUUCCUGUUGCCACCAUCAGCUCCUCUGUCCCACACAGGAAAUAUUUUAUUCCACUCGUGCAACACCUGACGGUCCCGUCAAUAGCUGCCGUAACACAUGGCUGAUGUAAAAACACAAACAUGAAGUCCUCUUUUAAUUCUGUUAAAAUUGCUAGAACUCUUGCAAACUGCUGUAUGGGUUUUAAUUUCCCCCCAAAAAAGGUGGAUUAAUAAAUGAUGAACUGAA